AUGAAGGUCAUUACUUUUCUGCUAACUUUUCUUGUUGUUCAUAGUACUGCUAACAAUGAAUUUUCUUCCUUCGUCAGUCUGGUGAGUCCUAAAGUUGUUCCAUAUUCACUUGGUAUAUUUCAUUUCAAUACUGUUGAACAAGUUAAGUUUUCACUUAACACUAUAUUUCCAACUACAGCACGAAAGGUUAGCGUGACUGUCUUUAUUCGAAGUGGAAUGAAUUCUGGUGAAGCUGCUUUUAAUGUUUGGUUAUGGACUGAAUGUCCUGAAUUAGGUAUUAGAGAUACAAAAUUUAAACGUGGCUAUCGUUACUAUCAAAGUGCUUAUUCAUUUGAUUCGGAAACACUCGAAUUUUUUUAUUGUUCAUCGAAACCUGAUCUUAAUGUCAUUACAGAUAAUCAAGAAAGCAAUGUAUACCUUGAACUAUACGCUAUAGGUUAUACUACAGUUUAA